UCUUAUUUUUAUACAGAAAAAUGGCGGCUUUAGGCUCAAGUAGUACCUCGGAGAAAGCAGGGACUGCGCCUGAAGCCCAGUCGGGACCAGAUAAUGAUUUUUGGGCGGGACAGGGUCCAGUGGUUCUGCGGGAUCCAGCGAUUAAAUUGCUAAGUCUGGUUAGCGGUCUUGAGCCCCUGUCGUGGGCAGAGGAUCACAGACUGGCGGCCUCCAGCACUAACAGCGUGUCUAUCAUGGAGCUGGUGUGUGACAUACACAGUCUCAGUCAAAAUCUGGUGCUGCAUCGCAGUCACAUCCCCGUGCCGGACAUCGCUUGUGAUCUCAAGGUAGGCCUAGAAAAGGAAGUGCAGACUGUUAAAGAAAGCUUUGCAAAGAGUAAAGAUCCAGUAGCAAGCCAAAUGAUACUGAUGGACAGAGUCAUCCAUCCUCAAAGUGGACGCCUCCAUGGCGUUAAGUACACCAGCUGGUCACCAUUAGGCUGCGACAAAUUUGGUCGCUGUCUUCUUGCUUUCUUAACACUGGACAAUCGUCUCACAAUCCACAGCAGUCACUUGCGUUUGCAUUGGACACCUCUCCUGGACCUUACAGAACUAUAUGGGGAAAUGCUAAAAUCCAGGAACUAUUCCGCUCAGAACGACGGCUCACCACCGAACUCAAUUAAAGAUUUGGAUGAACUGCAACGGCGGUUUCGUAUGCAGACGCCAGUGUGCAUGGAGUGGUCUGGUCUGUGCAGUAUGCAGCAAGUACAGACCAAUAAUGCAUGUAAAGAUGUUAGCACCGUGCUUCUGGCUGUACUUAUGGAGAAUGGAGACGUGGUGGUGUGGCAGUUCAGCUUGCCCCCACAAGGAAAGGAUUCAGUGGUUUCUUGCAACACCAUAAAAUCUGGAGUGUCGUCACCAAGUGUGCUCACCUGGUGGGAAUAUGAGCACAGUGGGCGGAAAAUGAGUGGACUGAUUGUGGGCAGCUCAGUUGGACUGGUAAAGAUCCUUCCAGUCAACCUCAAGGCAGUGAAGGGUUGCUUCACCCUCAGGCAGCCUGUGGUUUUGUGGCAGGAUAAGGACCAGAUACCAGUCCUCAACAUCAAAUGCGUUACGCUCUUCCAUCCACAUCAGAAAUGCAACUGCAGCCUAGUGGUUGCUGCACGUGGUCCUUAUGUGUUCUGGUGCUUGUUGCUGAUCACCAAAGCUGGUCUCAAUGUUCACAACUCCCACGUCACAGGGCUUCAUUCAACCCAUAUUAUAUCAAUGACAGUCUGUCAUAACGGCGGGACUAUUCUCACCUGCUCACUAGAUGGUAAGGUGAAGAAGCUCACACCCGUUUUCACCGACGCUGCUGUUGAGUUUAAAUGGGAGGAGAUUGUUCUGCCAGAGGGAGUUGCGGGUCGACGGAUGCAAGGCAUAUCCAUCAGUCCAAAUGGUGCCUACUUGGCUCUUAUCUCCAAUGAGGGUAUGAUUAAUGGGCUCCAUCCCAUCAAUCGCACUUACCAGGUGCAGUUUAUCACCCUUAAGACUCCAGAUGAAGCGGCUGCUGAGCUGCUCGAGUCUCAAAUGCACAGUCUCUUCAGAAAGGCCGACUUGCUGGAUCUUCUGCGAUGGCGGAUACUGAAGGAUAAAAGCAUCCCUUCGGUUCUUCAGAACAAUCUAGAUGAGAAGCUCCAAACCUCAGGGUCCACCUACUUAUGGCGCCUCAAGCUUUUCCUUCUUCGGACAUUCUACAAGUCCAUGCAGAAAAGCCCUUCAGAGCACCUGUGGCGGCCGACUCAUAGGGAAGGUAACGUGUUAGUUGAAGAUGAGGAGGCAGGUGGAGGUGAAGAUGAGAUGGCGGAGAUCUCCACUCUAGAGGAGCUCAGGCAGGGGGAAGCUGAAAAGCAGUCCAGUGAGGAACAAAUGAGGGAGGUCAGCUGCAGGAUCGAAGAAGUGGAGUCCCAACUGAGCCGCGAGAACAUGAAGAAGGUGCUGGGCGAGGUGUACCUGCACACCUGCGUCACUCAGAACACAUGUAUACCUACCAAAGGUGUGUGUGACUUCCUCACAAACGACCCUGCUAAUGAAGACAGGGCGGCCAAGGUGCUAAUAGGUCAUAUCAUGAAUAAGAUGAACAAACAGACGUUUCCAGAGUAUUGCAUCCUCUGUAAAGAAGUUCUGCCUUUCACAGACUGCAAACGAGCAGAGUGUAAGAAUGGGCACAGAUGGCUCAGGUGUGCGCUGUCAUAUCAGGCCUGUCAGGGUGUGACAUACCGCCGCUGUCUAUUGCAGGACAGUGUUGCCUCAGUAGCAGAGCCCGAGGAUUCAGACUGGAUCAAGAAAAUACUCCAAGGUCCCUGCAUCUUUUGUGACUCCCCUUUCUAUUAAAGCAGUGGGGUAAAAGAUGACAAAAUCUCCACGGCUGACCACUGGAUUACUUCUUACUGCUACAUCCCACAUAAAUGACUAAAUGCCUUUUAUUACUUGAAAGAGAAACAAAGUAUUCACUAAUUAUUUUUUUAAUAUAGGACAUCUGGGAGACUUUCUUCUUAACAGAUCUUUAUUUUAAAGCCAAGCUUUAGCUAAAAAGUGAUGUUUAAUUUGUAUAUAAUGAAAACUAUGAAAAUG